AGACUCUUAGCUGAAGAAGUGUCUUUAGAAUAAAUCUCUUGACAAGAGGUGAAGCAGAGAGUGCAGGGAGGGUGAACCAAGUGGAAAUCAGGUCAUUGGUGAUUUGUGAUCGAAGGAUAGCAGUAAAAGUUAAAUGUAAGGUUUACAAGAUGGCAGUGAGCCCUGUUAUGAUAUAUGGUUUGGAGACAGUCAUAUUAAGAAAAAUAAACUAAACACAAAGCAAAGCUGAAGAUGCUCAUAUUUCCAUUGGAAGUGACCACAAUGGACAGGAUUAAAAAUUAGUACAUCAGAGGGACAGUUGGUUAAACAAUUUGGAGAUUAAGUUAAAAAAGAAGGGCUGACAUGGACUGGACAUGUACAGAGGAGGGAUAGUGAAUAUAAUAGACAUGGAAUAUUGAAUAUGGAGCUGCCUAUGACAGUUAACACAUUUAACUACAAUGGUCAGCUUUUAACCACGUGUUUUGCCCUAUAAUGUAAAUUUGUCUUUUGCCUACAGAUGGAUGAUAGCGCAGGAAAAAAAAAAUUUGUAUCUCCCUUACUUUCGCCAUAUUUUCUCCUUAUUGCCCGUGUAUUUAUAGAGUAUUAGCGCACCCAUUUUUCUCGAUUUUGUUUCACUUGACUUAUUUACUACCUGACUUAUUCCUGUGUCAUUGCAUUUACCCCUUAGAUUUUUUGUUUGUGUCAUAAUACUUACACACUUUUGCUGUAGCAGUUUUUAAAUGGUUGACAUACAUUAAUUUUACUGGUUUAAUUCAAUCUGACCGCUUUUUCCACUGAUUCCAUGGUUUUGGGUUUAAAGAACUACACGUCCCACAAUUGAGCGCGGCCAAGGAAGCCUAAGUCCGGAAAUAAGGUUUUCAAAAUAAAAGUACUUUUACAAAACGUAAUUUUGGGGACAUUUAAAAUAAAAUCCAUGUAACAAAGCAUUUAUACCAGCAAUUAUUUUAUUUUAAAUACACACGAACGAGAUAUUUCGUCUCGCUAAAAAAAAAAGUAAUACUGAGGUUCCGGUUUUAUUUUGAGGUAAAAAAUAAAACCGGAGGCCAUUCCUUCUGACUUUACAUAGACAGGAAACCCACGCAGCAAUGUAAACCAUUGAAUGCCACUAAAGUCUGUUCAUUUUGUGAGAUGCCGACCGACAGACAAUGUGCUGUCUUCAUUAUUAUUACUUAGGGUAACAAUGAUAGUGAGCUAGUACGGCAGCAGGAAGUGUUUUGUACAAACUUACGACGCAUCUCUGCAUGAACGGCCCAGUUAACUUCAGCUGACGUCAACAGACUCUCGAGGAUCCAUCCUAGUCACCUCUCGUGAGCCGACACUCCUUAUUUGAAGCUUCACUGAUACGCCAACAUGACUAACAUGGACUCUGUCAGUGUGCGGGUCUUCUCUCUGAACUGCUGGGGGAUCCGAUAUCUAAGCAAAUACUGUCCACAGCGCUAUGCCAUGAUUGGCGAAAUGUUGUGUAAGGAACAGCAUGAUAUUGUGUUACUGCAAGAGGUGUGGAGUGAGAAAGACUAUCUCUUCUUGAAAAAGAAACUUGCUUCUUGUCACCCUCACUCUCAUUACUUCAGAAGUGGCGUCAUAGGCAGUGGACUGGCCAUUUUCUCCAAACACAGAAUCCGUGACACAUUUCUUUAUCGCUACUCACUGAAUGGUUAUCCUUACAUGGCUCACCAUGGAGACUGGUUUGGUGGUAAAGCUGUUGGGAUGGCUAUCCUAAACCUCGGCAGCCUGACUGCAAAUGUCUAUGUCACUCAUCUGCAUGCAGAGUACUCCCGAGAGAAGGACUCUUAUCUACCUCACAGAGUGGUUCAGGCCUGGGAGCUGCAGCAGUUUAUUCGCCACACCUCUACUGGUGCAGAUGUGGUCAUUCUUGGUGGUGACCUCAACAUGCACCCUCAGGACCUUGGGAACAGACUACUAAGGGCUUACAAUGGACUGCAAGACUCUUAUUUAGAAACAGCUAAAUUUGAUGGAUGUGAGAAUGGUAUGACUCUUAUAGUAGACAACCCUUUUAUUAGUAAAAAGGAGCUUGUACCCUUUGAGAAGGGGAUUCGAAUUGACUACAUACUAUUUAAGGGUUCUUCAAAAGCCGACGUCCAUUGUGAUUCCAUGUCCACCACCAAAGGCUCCGUUCCUAACCAUCCUUUCCCAUACUCCGACCAUGAAGCUCUCACUGCUGAACUGAGGCUGGAGCCACGCACUCCGGCUGAAACAGGAAGUGACAGACAAUCGAAGAAUAAGGACUCUGCUACAGGGAAGCUGGCUGAACUGGUUGACAUUGUGACUGAGGCCCGCACUGAAGUCAAAGUGGGCUUGCACUGUGCUGAGAGGAUGCGCUACACAGCAGCACGCACUGGAGUGAUGGGGCUGGCUCUGCUGUUCCUGGAGCUGGUCAUCGCCGCCGUGCCCUACUUGGCUCUGGGAGCAGAACAGCCUUUCCCUCGUACCUCCUUCUACCUGCUGGCUGUGCUGUGCUUUGCCAUGCUGCUGACCACCUCCAUGCUGUACAUCUUUUACACAAUGGAGCUGAAAUCACUUCAGGAGGCUGAAGACCAGAUGAGGCUGGGUAUAGGUAGUCUGCAAGAGAAGCUUAAGGGCUUUCGUCUAGCUCAACUUCAUAAUCCCUCACGAAUGCCCCCAGAGGUUCAGGAGCCCGGUGCCUUUGAGCCAGAGGAGUAAUGCAGAGACCAAGUAUGUCAAAGUGGAAAAGGCGACUUUGAAGUCACUUUUAUAGUGAACAUGUGAGGAGCUUUGCUCCCCUGAAUAUUUUAGAUUUGGAGAUUUAUAUUCAUAUUGCAGAAUCAAUCAUAACUGAAAUGCUUCUCUGAAAGUAGUGCAGGGCACAUGCAUUGAAAUUAUAUGCUUUUACAUAGAGAUCUGUAGGCUUUUAUUACACGUAGAUUUCACUCGAUGCACCUAGAAUAUACAAAUGUACUGUAAUGCUUUCUGUCAUACUGUAAGAUGCUUCUGUGCUGUUAUACUGAAAGGUCAUUAAGACCAUUUGUGUUUUUUAGCCUCAGGUCCGAUUUGCAUUCCACCCACCAGUAGAUUCACUGGGACCAUUUUUUUCUGUUUUUAAUUGAAUACUUCCCCUUUUUGCGUUUAAUAAUCAACUACACAGAGAUUAUGGUUCCAGGUUGUUUGCCAGUGUCUUUAAUGUGUUAAAUACAUGAAGAAAGUAGCUCUGUGGUCUACAUUGCAAUCGAAGACACAGACACUCCACAUGUAGAAGGUUUACAUUUUGGUCAGUAAUAUUUUUCCUCUACAACAGCACUUGUCAGGAUCCUUUGUACUGUAGAUAAAGGAACAAAGUCUGUAUGCACGUAUCAUUUGUCAUGCUCUCUGUUAUAGUGUCUUAAUCUUAAAGACAAUCUACACUCCUCUCAUAUGUUCAGGUAUAGAUUAGAAAUACACUGAAAAUGUUCUGCUCUUGACUUUGACCUCCUUUGAACACAUUUUUACAAAGCACAAUAUACCAUAGAAAAUAAAAACAGAAUAUAUCAGUUAGUGUGCAGUGCACUUUGUUGAUUAACCUGGCAAACCACUUCCCUAUAGCUUUCCUAGGAGAUUGCUUAAUAUGUUACAUUGCUAAAAUACCAUGUUGUAACUCAAGAGUUUGAACGUUUACUGUCACCUCAGUGGAGAAGAAGCACUUUGCAGUUCUUAAAUUCAUUAUGGUUUAUAGAAUUUCAGAUACUUGAUGUUCAUUCCAACUGGAAACUGUGAUGGGCAUGCUCAUGAAAGCAAUAAUAAAGACUUUAUGCACAUG